AUGGCGACCCAGGGCCGUCGGCGGAGGCCACAGCGGAGACCCGAGACGGUGGUGCCCGGGGAGGCGGCCGAGACAGACUCGGAGCUCUCAGCAUCCUCGUCGGAGGAGGAACUGUACCUAGGACCUUCGGGCCCGACGCGAGGCCGCCCCACCGGACUGCGGGUGGCCGGGGAGGCCGCCGAGACCGACUCGGAGCCGGAGCUGGAGCUGACGGCCGCGCCCGGGGACCUGCCUCCGCUCGUGGUGGAGCGGGAGCUGGCGGGGGAAGCCUGGGGCGCCGUGGAGGGCCCGGCGGCCGCCCCUGCGCGCUCUCUGCUGCAGCUCCGGCUGGCCGAGAACAGCGUGCGCCUGGCGCGCGGGGACCUCUGUGCGCUGGCUGAGCGCCUCGACAUCGUGGCCAGCUGCCGCCUGCUGCCCGACAUCCGCGGCGUCCCGGGGACCGAGCCCGAGCAGACCUCAGGCCCGCGAGCCUAG